GGAAAAGCUCCCUAAUCCGACGGUUCUCGUGGACCCGACAUCCGUACCCUCUCGAAUCCAGGGGCGGUCUUUUGGAAAUUGGGGCUAUGUUCCCUGUCGGUAUCAGUGAAUCAUCGUCGGUAUCAGUGAAUCCUCCUCCUCCUCCUUCUUCUUGGGAACCCAUUGAAGUGGAGAGAGGAGAAUAAUGGCAGAGCUGAGUCUGGGGAUACUAAUAGAUAUAGUGGACGAGGAGUGGAUGCGAGACACUUUGCCUGAUGAUGAUAUCCCUUUACCGGCGGCAAUGCUUCCCCGGCCCGAAGAGACUGAAGAUUCAAAUCUGGAGACUCAACAAGUCGAUGAGGAUUCUUGGCACGACCUCGCUUUGCCGAACCAGUGAAUGCUUAACGAGCAGUCUCAACUCGGAGAUGUCUGUGCCUAUGCUCUUCUCGGAUUUGGCUGCUCUUAAUCCUUGUGAAUAAAGUCAUACUCUCGCACUUUCCCAUUGUUUCUGCAUUCUCCCAAAUGUUGCGAUGAUGUAGACGGAACUGUUGAAGUAAAACAUCCUUCUCGUCUCAUAUUAGUCUUCAUAGGGACAAUCUUAAUCGAUAUGUAGUGUUCAUGGUACGUCCUGCAGUUUGCAAUGAUGACGACACGAUUUCCAUGGACA